AUGGUCACUGACACGGCAUUUACCUGGUCAGAUGCUAAACGGGAGUGUAGAAACAUGGGUGGUGUUCUGGGUGUACCAAGCUCUGAUGAAGAAAACAAGUUUAUAGGGCAAUUAGCUGAUGGGGUAGUAUGGAUCGACUGUAAUGAUUUAGAGGAGGAGGGGAGAUGGAAGUGCAGAGAGGUUAACGUAGAGGUCGCUUACAGAAACUGGAUGUCCGGAGAACCGAAUGACGUGGACGAUGAAGAUUACCAGCAAUGCUUUACAUUUAUGUAUGACGACUCAUCCUGUCCGGAGUCUUGGCAUUACUGGGGAAACUCAUGCUACAAGAUAACUGAGACGGCAUUAACCUGGUCAGAUGCCAUAAACGAGUGUGAAAACCUUGGUGGUGUUCUGGCUGCACCAAGCUCCGAUCAAGAAAACGAGUUUAUAGCGCAGUUGGUUCCAGAUGAUUGGACAUGGAUCGACUGUAACGAUCUAGAGGUGGAGGGGAUAUGGAAGUGCAGAGAUGAUAACGUGGAGGUCGCUUACAGAAACUGGUUUUAUGGAGAACCGAAUAACGCGAUAGAGGAAGAUUGUGCGGCUUUGGCUGUAGCUACAUGGGGAAACAAGUAA